AUGAACAGUUAUUUUCUUCCUUCCUCUUUAAAUAAUAAGCCCAUAGUUACCAUCUUCAUUCUUUGCUCAUAUCUACUACAAGUACAAGCCAAACAGGAUGAUAUUUUGAGAGCUGUGCUUGCAGACCUGAGAAAAAUCAAACCCUGUUCUGAGAUUGAUGCUUCUUUAUAUACUGCAGAAAUGACUGAUCGUAAUGAAUGUAAAGGAUCAGUAAUGGAAUGCUUUAAGCUUGAAAUGGAAGUAAUUUUAUAUGAAUCUAUGUACGGAAGUAAUACUGCAUUCACCCAUACUGUCCUUAAUGUGCUGAAAAAUGUCGAACAUUUUCGAGGCAGAAAUUAUUUGAACACCGAAACAUCCACAUGCCAAAAAUGUGAAACAUUUGGAGAAAAAACAUGUGCAGAAUUUUUAAAAAGCUUUGAAGUUGUUGUAAUGCAACUUUAUCGUGAACUAGGAGGAACACAAUAA